AACGAGAGGCGUGUCCUGGGUACGAGACGAUAUCUGACCUCACGAAGUCCCAACCAGGAAGGAAGAACCAGGAACUUGUGUCGUUGUUUUACACCAAAGUUUCAUUUUUCCUUCGGUCAGCUCAUUCUGUCAGAUAUCUUGAGUUUUCCCCUGAUGUAGAGAGUUGGCAGCCAUCUCUGUGUGACCUCCAUGUCGGCAGUAGGGACCCCUGAUGAACAGAGACAACCGAUUUUUUCCCGCGCCUCCUGUGCCUGUACAGGCCCGUCAUCUGGACCGGGACUUGAAUAUAAGGGAUGACUUGAUUGGGCGGCUGCUGCCUCAGGCCCGCCAAGUCGUGAUUCGUCGUCGUCAGGCCUUCCGUGAGCGUCGCCAGGCGCGGCGGGAACGGUAUGAACGAGUGCAGCUGGAUGGAGAUAUGCUCAGUUACCAUCCAGAUGAAGCCUGGAGAGUGGGAGUGUUUGUGUCAUCUCAACCCAUCACACCAGACAGGAACUACUUUGAGGUAACCUUGNNNCCCUCCGGUUUGCUGUCAACGAUUGCCAUUGGUCUGGUCCCGCUGAACUACCGCCUGGACCACCAGCCUGGCUGGGGUGUCGACUCCGUGGGAUAUCACGCUGACGACGGAAAGCUGUACAAAGCCAAUGGACAAGGCAGGGCCUUCGGUCCCAAGGGCUUUGUUGGUGACAGACUCGGCUGUGGCAUCAAGUUUGAGGAGGAAGGAACACAUGGGAGACCUGCGUCUACAGUGUCAGUUUUUUUCACACACAACGGGAAGGAGCUGGGAACAGUCCAGGUUCCCCUGCCCCCAGAGGGCCUGUUCCCCGCGGUGGGGAUGCACUCGGAGGGGGAGGUGGUGCGGCUGCUGCUGGAGGUGGAGUGGUGCCAGGAGGACGACUCCCUCAUGAUGAUUGACAGCUGUGAGGAGGAGUGGGCACGACUUCAUGAUGUUCGCGUUAACGGAGCGAUACUAGAGUACACAGGACAAGGCAAGAGCAUUGUAGAUGUGGGGCUGGCACAAGCCAGAUAUCCCCUCACCCCAACACACCACUACUUUGAGAUUGAGAUAGUAGAUCCGGGGGAGAACUGUUAUAUUGCCAUCGGCCUCACAAGAAAGGAUUACCCAAAACACAGACAUCCAGGCUGGAACAAAGGGUCUAUAGCUUACCAUGCAGAUGAUGGUAAGGUCUUUGUAGGCAGCGGUGUGGGGGAUGCCUUCGGGCCACGCUGUCACACAGGAGACAUCAUGGGCUGUGGUAUCAUCUUCCCACGGGACUAUAACCUGGACAGUGAAGGGGAGAGCGACAAGAGCUCGCCUGACGACCCACAGGGGCAGCCCAAGAAAAAGGAGGCUCAGAACCAGCUGGAGGAGCUGGUGGAUAUGUACGGCGGCCAUGACAGCAGCAGUGAUAGCGACAGCGAGGACGACGAGUGGUUCCAACACGACGAGGAAAACGGCAUCCAGGUCCAGGUCUUCUUCACUCGUAACGGAAAGUGCCUUGGUAGGAGAGAUGUACGCAUCCCAAAGGGCGGCUUCUUUCCCACGGUCGGCAUGCUGAGUAGCGAGGAAAAGGUCCGGGUUGACCUACGACCCCUCACGGGAUAACACAAUGUCUCCGUUUCCCAGGAAAGGGGAGGACAAUCAAUAUCCUGGACAUAUACGGACUCCUGUGUCCAGUUGCUGAUUUACACUUGAACUAUUCAACAGUCUAUAAUGUUCCUGUCUUGACAAUGCCAUUUUCUUUGCUUUGCAAUCAUGGUUUAUUUCAAAACACUAUAGUAUUUAAUUUAUAUUCAUUUCCUUUGCUUUCGAACUUUAGAAAGUUUGUAAGAAUUUAAAAGCUACAACCUCUAGAUGUAGAUGGAACUACAUGAUUUUAAGAACAAAAUAGUUGUUUUUUCCCUGGCGGAAACUGUAGGGGCCAUGAACAAAACAGGACAGGAUGGUUCUGUUUUUAUACGAUAUGCCAAAAUGUAUCAGGUUCAUGGAUGUAUGAUAUGAUAUUGAGACUGUUGAAGAAACUUCUCUGUGAGAUAAAUUGGCAAUAAAUCUUUUGGAAACAAG